UUCGUAUAAAAAUAAAAAUAUUGUCACUGCAGCGAGAUUGCAGUCGAUAGUUGACGCUUACAUUAGUUAACUUAAUCGGUUAAUCGUACUGAACGAUUUUGUGAUGAUGUUUUGCAGACUCAACUCAUCGCCCACCGCAGUAGUGUUGCUCGCUGCAGUUGCUGCGCACACUCUCGUUUCAUCAACCAACAUCACAUUGGAAGUUUAUUUCAAUAGCACAUCUACAAUUCGCCAUGCCGAUAACCACAUUGACUCAGGAAAACAUUUUUCUAUAGACAAUUUUAAUAACAGUACACUGGUUACGUGUGAAAAUAUUCAUCGUUCAAUCGACGAAUUCCCUAAAGAUUUCUUUACCGAAGAACAAAGACGUCACGGAGCCGUUAUCAUUCACUUGAUCCUUGUUUUUUAUGGAUUCUUAUUUAUAACAUUUGUUUGCCAGGACUAUUUUCUACCAUCAGUAUUAUACAUAUGUUUAGAUCUGGGGAUCUCGCCGGACGUUGCCGGGGCGACGUUCAUGGCGGCAGCAACUUGUACUUCCGAGCUUCUCGUCUCCGUGAUCGGAACUUUCGUGACCAAGUCCGACCUUGGAGUGGGCACGGUGGUGGGCAGCGGUGUGUACAACACGCUGGGUGUGUCGGCUUGCGCGGGUCUGGCAGUCUGCGGCCGUCCAAUCGUGGUUGAAAAGUGGCCGCUGAUCCGGGACAGCGCUGUGUACGCUACGUCCAUAGCCGUGCUGGCCGCAAUCGCCGUGGACAGCGUAAUCGUGUGGUACGAAGCGUUGAUCAUGGUCACCAUGUUUUUUGGAUACUUUGUCUUCUUGUUCACGCAAUACAAGCUCGUCGAAGCUGUCGAAAAGUGGAAACACAACAAUCGGAUACCAGUUUUCGAGCGUAUCAAACGAUUGAUAUUAUGCUGGAAGUACGCUCCGAUCGAGUCUCAAAAUAUCACACUUCACAGAAGUGAUGUACAGAUACGUCGAUACGGAACAGCUGAACACCAGCUGCAAGAAGGCGAGUGGGCGUCGUCRAAAAUAGCAUUUACUUCGACUGCGACAACUUUCAGCGAACGCGAUCAAUCGGGUGUCGAUGAACAAACUUGUUUACCUACAUCGAAAUCGUUCGGGGUCAAGAUGUUGCUGAUCGUCUGGCGAACGUUCUGCUCUCCGGUUAACUUUACAUUGUGGGCCACGAUACCGGAUUGCCGGACACAACGAUCACUGUUCCCUAUCACGUUUGUCAUGUCCAUCAUAUGGGUCAGUGUUAUCACAUACAUUUUGUCGUGGUUCCUAACGAUAUGCGGUGAUACGUUUCAUAUCAGUGACGUUGUCAUGGGCAUAGGGGUCUUAGCGGUUGGCAGCAGCAUCCCUGAAGCCGUUUCGGGCAUAAUAAACGCACAAAACGGCGAAGGAUCCAUGAGCAUCAGCAGCGCGUUGGGCUCUAACACGAUGGACAUACUAUUUUGUUUGGGUCUGCCUUGGUUCGUCAAGUGCACGCUGCCAACAUCGAUGAAUGGUGGACCCGUCACACUGCAAACCGACACUUUGUUCUUUAACUGCAUAUGCAUGAUUACCAGCGUGGUCAUACUCAACGUGGCGGCCGCCAUCAGUGGAUACAAAAUGCACAAACCAUUUGGAGUUAUGUGCCUUGUCGGGCAGGUGGUUAUCAUUGCGGCGUUGAUAAUUAACGGACUGAAUGUUUCCAAAGACGAUGGAACAGUGCGGUGUACCAGUUCGGUGUAGGCAAUUGAGUAGGAUAAUUAUUUUUUAUUUUACCGCUGAUUGUAAUUAACGAUACGCAAAUUAUUAUUGUGUGUUUAAUUAUACAAUUUUUAGUUGUUGUGUACUUAAAUUCCAACUUUACAUACUGUAGUGUCAACUUACUCCCAACAGUUUUUCUUACCCAGCCAUAGAUAUAAGGUACGAUACGGAUAAUUAGCUGGGUAAAACCAGUCGUGAUGACACGUUUAGAGCUG